AUGGUGAACCUAGAUAAGUCAGAGGUGUCGUUCAGUCGAAACGUGUGUGAAGCUGAUGCAAAUUUGAUCCGUAAAAGGAUGGGGGUAAAGGCAGAUGUGAACCACUCCAAAUAUCUGGGCUUACCGGUUGUGUUCGGAAGAUUGAAAAGAGACGUUUUCACCAUGGUCAUUGAGAGAGUUUGGAAUAAGCUUAAAGAGUGGAAAGAGCGAUUUCUAUCCAGAGCCGGGAAGGAAGUGUUAAUAAAAGCCGUAGCUCAAGCAAUUCCCACUUAUAUUAUGAGUUGCUAUAAGCUUCCGGAAUCUACGUGCCAUGAGAUUGAAACUCUGUUAGCAAAAUUAUGGUGGGGUUCACGGAACGGCGAAAGGAAGGUCCAUUGGUUGAGCUGGGAUAAGAUGGCCCGGGCAAAAGGAGUUAGGGGUUUAGGAUUUCGAGGUGUCAGUGAUUUUAAUACUAGUUUUCUUGGUAAACACUAA